CACCCGGCCCACAUCCCCAUCCACAAUGCCCUCAUCCACCUCUACGCCUCCCGCGCCGCCCCCGCCAGGUGUUCGACGACAUGCCCUCCCCGGACGUCGUCUCCUGGUCCGGCCUCCUCACCGCCCACCUCCGGGAGCGCGACCCGGACGCGUCGCGGCGCGUGUUCGAGUUGAUGCCGUGCCAGGACGUGGUCUCCUAGACGGCCAUGAUCUCCGGGUACACGCAGGCGCGGCGUCCUCGGGACGCGCUGGAACUCUUCCGGACGAUGCCUGUGGCUCUUGACAAGGUGACCAUGAUCGGCGUGAUCUCGGCCUGUGCGGCCCUUGAGGACCUGGAGACCGGUGAGCGCGUCCACUGCUACAUCGAGGAGCACGGGUUCUGGUGGAUGGUGUCCCUCCGAAACGUCCUCGUCGACAUGUACUCGAAGUGCGGCUGCCUCCACAAGGCGCACCAGCUGUUCGACGAAACGACUACGAAGAGCCUGAUCUCCUGGAAUUCUAUGAUCUCGGCCUACGCUGCCCACGGGGACGCCAACAGUGCCACCACACUGUUCAACCAAAUGGUGGAGUGUGGCGAGGGGGUGAGGCCUGACGGUGCCACGGUCCUGUCAAUGCUGAGUGCAUGCGCUCGCAAGGGCCAGGUGCAAGAGGGGCGCAGGGUGUUCGAGGCGCUGAGGCGGGGGGAUUACGCAGGGGUGGAGACCGGGGUGGAGCACUACGGAUGCAUGGUGGACUUGCUGGGCGGGGCAGGGCUGCUGGAGGAGGCAUAUCGUCUGAUUGAAACCAUGCCAAUUCCGAGCAACGACAUGGUCUGGGGAGCAUUGCUGGGUGCUUGCAGGAUCCAUGGGGAUGUGGAGAUGGGGGAACGGGCCGUGAAGAAGCUACUGGAGCUGAAGCCAAAUUAAGAUGGGUACUACAUUUUGCCCAGCAGCAUACAAGUUGCCAAAUAUACUUUUUACUUUUUAUUCUAUAAUAAAAAUUUUAAAAAAUAAAAAAUAUUUUUUAAAAAAUUAAAAUCAAAAAUUAAAAAAAAUAUAACCAAACGCAUCUUUAGUGAAUUCUAAAAUUGAGACGAACCGGUAUAGAGAGAAUCGACAUACUUAAGAUCUAGGGCAUGGAAGGUAGCCAAAUUGCUCCAUGCGAACCAAGUAGGAGAUACCUUGUAACCUAGCAGCAUCUUAUAUAGCCUUAACUGUUUAAUUUAAAGUUAAUAGCAUUUUGCAUUUGAUGACAGUAUGUACAAAUGGAAAGUACUUUUACCUCUCUCUUUUUCCGUUUUGGUUAAAAAUGUAUUUGUUCUUGUUAAGUGCCAUCCUCAACAUAGCUCAAAGGAAACUACUGCAACAUGCUUGACACCGAGUAUAAUGUCUCAAAAGGUGACAACUGGGUGCGUCUCCAGAUCCAUGCACAAACAUCCCUUUGUUUGUA